GGUCUGACGGGCAGGCGGCGCCCCGCCCCCUUGGCAAUGUCUAUCGCCCGCCGCGCGCCCCAUGUAGGCAGUUAUUCCACUGGGAUAGAACGGCCGGAGCGGCGGCAUGGCCGGGGUCCCGUUCUGCGCCCUGCUCCCGCUCCUCGUCGGCGUCUGCGGGGCCGUCACCGGCUCCCGGGUCUACCCCGCCAACGAAGUUACCUUGCUGGAUUCCAGAUCAGUUCAGGGAGAACUGGGGUGGAUAGCAAGUCCUCUGGAAGGAGGGUGGGAGGAAGUAAGCAUUAUGGAUGAGAAGAACACUCCGAUCCGCACUUAUCAAGUCUGCAAUGUGAUGGAGCCCAGUCAGAAUAAUUGGUUACGAACUGAUUGGAUUCCCCGUGAGGGGGCUCAAAGGGUAUAUAUUGAAAUCAAGUUCACGCUAAGGGACUGCAACAGCCUGCCAGGUGUCAUGGGAACUUGCAAAGAGACUUUCAACCUUUAUUACUAUGAAUCAAACAAUGAUAAGGAGCGUUUUAUUCGAGAAAGCCAGUUUGCCAAGAUUGACACCAUCGCUGCGGAUGAGAGCUUCACCCAGGUGGACAUUGGUGACAGGAUCAUGAAGCUGAAUACAGAGAUACGGGAUGUGGGACCACUCAGCAAGAAAGGAUUUUACUUGGCUUUUCAGGAUGUCGGUGCCUGCAUUGCUUUGGUGUCUGUUCGUGUCUUCUAUAAGAAGUGCCCGCUGACAGUUCGAAACCUGGCACAGUUUCCAGACACCAUUACUGGAGCUGAUACAUCCUCUCUGGUGGAGGUUCGUGGCUCCUGCGUCAACAACUCGGAAGAGAAGGAUGUGCCAAAAAUGUACUGUGGGGCAGAUGGCGAAUGGCUGGUGCCCAUUGGCAACUGUCUGUGCAAUGCUGGCUAUGAAGAACGUAAUGGUGAAUGCCAAGCUUGCAAAAUCGGAUACUACAAGGCUCUCUCGACAGAUGUUGCUUGUGCCAAAUGCCCGCCUCACAGCUACUCCAUCUGGGAAGGCUCUACCUCCUGCACCUGCGAUCGGGGCUUUUUCCGAGCUGAAAAUGAUGCCGCCUCCAUGCCCUGCACUCGACCUCCAUCUGCUCCCCAGAACCUGAUUUCCAAUGUCAAUGAGACAUCAGUGAACUUGGAGUGGAGCCCCCCGCAGAACAAAGGUGGUCGGGAAGACGUCUCCUACAGUGUGGUGUGCAAGAGGUGCGGUGCCAGUGACCUCAGCCGCUGCCGGUCCUGUGGCAGCGGUGUGCACUUCAGCCCCCAGCAGAAUGGCUUGAAAACCACCAAAGUCUCCAUUACUGACCUCCUGGCACACACCAACUACACCUUUGAAGUCUGGGCGGUGAAUGGAGUGUCCAAGCAAAAUCCCAGCCAAGACCAAGCAGUGUCAGUCACUGUGACAACUAACCAAGCAGCUCCGUCCCCAAUUGCUUUGAUCCAGGCUAAAGAGAUAACAAGGCACAGCGUUGCCUUGGCUUGGCUGGAACCUGACAGGCCAAAUGGAGUCAUCCUGGAGUAUGAAGUCAAAUACUAUGAAAAGGACCAAAACGAGCGCAGCUAUCGCAUUGUGAAGACAGCCUCCAGGAAUACUGACAUUAAAGGCUUGAACCCCCUGACUUCCUAUGUGUUUCAUGUGCGGGCCAGGACAGCAGCAGGGUAUGGAGACUUCAGUGGACCAUUUGAGUUCACAACUAACACAGUUCCUUCCCCCAUCAUUGGCGAUGGUACCAAUCCCACAGUGCUUCUUGUUUCAGUGGCUGGCAGUGUUGUUCUUGUGGUCAUUCUCAUUGCAGCCUUUGUCAUCAGCAGGAGGCGCAGUAAGUACAGUAAGGCUAAGCAAGAGGCAGAUGAGGAGAAGCAUUUGAACCAAGGUGUUAGAACAUAUGUGGAUCCUUUUACAUAUGAGGAUCCAAACCAAGCUGUGAGGGAAUUUGCCAAAGAAAUUGAUGCCUCCUGCAUAAAGAUUGAAAAAGUUAUUGGUGUGGGGGAAUUUGGUGAAGUAUGCAGCGGACGUCUCAAAGUACCAGGAAAAAGAGAGAUCUGUGUUGCUAUCAAGACUCUAAAAGCUGGUUACACUGAUAAACAAAGGAGAGACUUCCUGAGUGAGGCCAGCAUUAUGGGACAAUUUGACCACCCCAAUAUCAUCCACUUGGAAGGUGUCGUUACUAAAUGUAAACCGGUAAUGAUCAUAACUGAGUACAUGGAGAAUGGCUCCUUGGAUGCCUUCCUCAGGAAGAAUGAUGGCAGAUUUACAGUCAUCCAGUUGGUGGGGAUGCUUCGUGGCAUUGGCUCAGGAAUGAAGUAUCUGUCUGACAUGAGCUAUGUGCAUCGGGAUCUAGCUGCUCGAAACAUACUAGUCAACAGCAACUUGGUCUGCAAAGUGUCUGACUUCGGCAUGUCCCGGGUCCUGGAAGACGACCCCGAAGCAGCUUAUACCACACGGGGUGGCAAGAUCCCCAUCAGGUGGACUGCACCAGAGGCAAUUGCCUACCGUAAAUUUACAUCAGCUAGUGAUGUGUGGAGCUAUGGCAUCGUCAUGUGGGAAGUGAUGUCCUAUGGAGAAAGACCUUACUGGGAUAUGUCCAAUCAAGAUGUUAUUAAAGCCAUUGAAGAAGGGUAUCGGCUGCCACCCCCGAUGGACUGCCCCAUUGCUCUCCAUCAGCUGAUGUUAGAUUGCUGGCAGAAGGAACGCAGUGACAGGCCUAAAUUUGGACAGAUCGUCAACAUGCUGGACAAACUCAUCCGCAACCCCAACAGCCUGAAGAGGACAGGCAGCGAGAGCUCCAGACCUAGCACAGCCCUGCUGGAUCCCAGCUCCCCUGAGUUCUCGGCGGUUGUUUCUGUCGGUGACUGGCUCCAAGCCAUUAAAAUGGAGCGAUACAAGGAUAACUUCACAGCUGCUGGCUAUACCACCCUAGAGGCUGUGGUGCAUAUGAACCAGGAUGACCUGGCAAGAAUCGGGAUCACUGCCAUCGCGCACCAGAACAAGAUCUUGAGCAGCGUUCAAGCAAUGCGCACCCAAAUGCAACAGAUGCAUGGCAGGAUGGUUCCCGUCUGAGCCAGUACUGAAUAAACUCAAAACUCUUGAAAUUAGUUUACCUCAUCCAUGCACUUUAAUUGAAGAACUGCACUUUUUUUACUUCGUCUCCUCGCCCGUCGAAAUAAAGAUCUGCAGCAUUGCUUGAUGUACAGAUUGCGGAAACCGAGUGUGUGUGUUGGGAGGGGGGCCUCCAGAAAUGACAAGCCGUCAUUUUAAACCAGACCUGGAACAAAUUGUUUCUUGGAACAUACUUCUCUGUUGAUCAAUGAUAUGUAAAAUACAUGUAUCUAUAUAAAUAUAAAGUCACAUUCAAGUUUUGAUGCUGUUUGCUGCCAGAUACUGUGCUUAAAAAAAAAACAAAAUUACUUUCCUUCUCCCUAUGACCUGUAGGAUUACAACCAUAGUGUUUUAUUUGUGGGUGAAGCCACCGUUGUGCAUCUUUCACUGGAAUGAAGAAUCUGCCCUAGGAUAUUUUUUGCAGACUUGAAGCAUCACUAAUACCUUGCAGAAACCUCAGUGAGAAUAUCAUUUGGCUAAUCAGUGCCUGCUGAUUAGUGAUCUACUCAUUUACGGGCUUGAGACAUGAAAUGACCCACCUCAUGGAUUACUGGGCAAAACUGGACUUCUGGGGCGAUUAUUGGCUGCUGUUGUGCUGUGCUGAAGCCUACCACUUAAAGACAUUUUGUGAACAUCUUGCCAGUAGUCAGCUGUGACAGUCGUGGCUGUGGAGCUUUCAGACUUCUUUUCUCUUUCAAGAAGUGAUUCCUUUUGCCACAUGGAGAAGGGAAAUUAGAUUUUGCUUUCAUGGCCUCAUAGCCUGUCCUAUUGAUCAUAUUGACCAUGGAGGAACAUAGACUAGACAUAAAGCCUUCUGGAUCCACAGUUGCGUCUUCCAUAGCACUGAUUCUGGAAAACACAUGCUGAACAGUCAUCGGUCCCUGAAGAGAGUGUGACUUCUACUUUCUCUUUUUUUUUCAUGCCACCCACUCUGGUUUUUUUCUUCACUGAGAGAUAACUAACUCAUUGAAACUCAGCACCCAGUUGUCACUUGAGGAAUGUACUGUGUCAGAGCCCUGCAGACUUCUGGAUAUUUUUUUUUUCUCCCCUUCUGCUUUCUCUUCCUACCUUCGGUUUUAUUUAUAUAUUUUGUUAUUUUGUCUCCUCAUCCCCCUGGCUGUCACUGCUGCAUCUUGGACAAAUGCAGAUGACGGAGCACUACACAUCUUACCAUGGACGCCAGGCCAGGUGCCGCAGCAAAGAACUCUGUUCCUGUGAGCUGCCUAUAUACAUUGCAGAAGGGACAUUUUACACAAAACGUGCCAUUGCAGUGAUAUAAAUAUAUUUUUUUUCUUGAAUGGAUAAUGGAUUAUUAUCUCCUCUGAAAGGUGCGUAUGUGUGCUUGUGUGCGUGUGUUUGUGUGCGAGUCACCUUGUGUGUAGAACUGCCUGUGAAUGUGCUGAAAACAUCUCUGGAAGCGCAGGAGUCCCCUGUCAUAUGAGAGCAGGCCAAUAGUUCGUGUCUGCAAUGGUAAGAAGAACACACACAUUAAAAAAUGUUUAAAUUUCUGUAUCUAUAAGUGUAUUUUUUAGCUGCCACACUAACCUUAAUGAGUUGUUCUGCAGCCUGAAAUGGGCAAUUUUGAGUUGGUUUUGGAGUUGUGGAUUGCGGGAUCCAUAAGGGUGCUAAAGAUUUUCGUAAGUGUUGUUUAUUUGUACUAAUGUUCAUGAUCAAGACUUACCAGUUUCUCAAUGGCAAGGUGAUGGAGGCAACAGCUGCAUAUCCAUCCACCGGUAACCCUGAACUGAAUUCUUAAGUAGCCUUUUUUAUCUGCAAAAAUAGGAUUUUAAAGACUUGUUGAAUGCGAACAAAUAUAUGCAAUUCUUCAUUCACAGAAGCACCUGGCUCUGUAUGCAAGCUGUGAAAACUUGUAACAUAAUAAUCAAAACACUUCAUUUGCUCCCAGCACAGUUAAGGAACAAAAAUGCAACAAGACCUGUAAGGUUACAGUAGCUAGCAAGAGAGUUGUGAAAUGUGUCCUGUUCCUUGUGCAGGCGAUGAAGAGCUGGUGAAGUGCAGUAGAAGGCACUCUUUCUUCCGUGGCCCCAGGAACAGUGCUGCAACUUACUGGUACUACCUAGAGAAGCUUUUUGUGUUUGGAGAAUUCACUGUUAACGUAGUAUAAGCUAGUCUGAGUGGAGCUGUGUGCUAGAGCCCAGGGAACGUACGGCUGCUGGGUAUUUGGAGUGGGGCAGGUCAUGCUCCCCGCUUGCUUCCUGGCCGCGGGGGGCUGGCAUCUGCCACGGUACCCACUGCAGCACAGCAAACUGCCACAGGACAGGGCAUCACUCCAGCAGUCGCGGGGGAGGCUGGAUGCGCUGCGUUAAAAGAGAGCGCAGCCUUGACCAGAGCCGUAAAGUGGUGUCCCACAGUUGCUCCUGCUUCCUCCUCUUUUCCCUCCUCACUCACCCUCUGAGUCUAUCGUUAACUGUAAUUCUGCCUGCUCUGGCUCUGGCGGAGGAGGAGCGGCAGGUCUGUGGAAGGGAAGCGAGGGCAUCCACGCUGUCGGCAGAGGCCGGGCAUGGUCAGGGCGCCGGGAGGUGCCAACUGCGGUGGCUGCUCCAGAUGGAGCUGGGGGCGAAAGAAAAGCAAGUGCUGUGGCACUGCUGCUCGUUUCAAAGAGGUCAUCACCAGGACUGUCUCGCAUGAUCAGCCUCUGUUAAGAAAUUGUCCUGCUCACACACCACUGGUUGAUGUUUGUCCGGGUUUCUUGCUGUACUAAUUUUGUGAUGGAUCUUAUGUAUUAAAAAUAUAUAUGUAUAAAAUACAAAAGGCUGGUAAGUAACCAGUAAACAGGACUUAAAAAGCAGUAUUUUUCUUUUAUGUGACAUUUUCAUAACCAGAAGAAAAAAAAUCUGAAAUACUAAUCAGACAAAUAAAAAGAGAGUGCAUUUAUUUUUUUGUAUCACUGCAAGUAUGUUGGAAUAUGCAAGGACUGUGGUUAAAAUUAGAAUGUAUAAGGCAUAUUAUAAUUUAGUUCAUACUGAAAAAAUCUAACAGCAUUUCUUGGUUCGUGCAUUUGAACGAUCUCUGCGUUAGAUAUAUAGAUUUUUCUAUUUUGUUUUAAUUUGUAAUUUUUUUCCCCCUCCAUGAAUUUUAGGUACACAUAACUUAUGUCAUUUAUUUAUGGUCUUUUAUACCUAGUUUGUAAAAUUGUAAAAUAGCAAACAAUGCAAACAUUUGCAUUUGAAAACAAUAAAGUAGUUGCUGUACAAACAUGAAA